GAAAAGACCGCGAGUUAAAUUUCACUUACCUCCUGAAACGGUGACGGUGGUGUUGAACAAUGGCAUCUAAAAAGCCCCAAACUUUACGGAAAAUUUCUUCAAGUGACCCAAAAAAUUUAUCAACUGACAAUGAGGUCAAUAGUGGAAAUAACAGUGGUGCGAGGAGGAAAAGCAAAACUUCUGGCACGAUUGUGAAGUCCAGGUACAUGCAAACUGAACCCAAGGCUCCUGCAAAGAACAGUGCACACCAGCAGUCAAUCCUGCAGCCUCCCAGACCUUCCUCUCCCAGAGUAGGCGGCACACGAAAACCAAGAGAAGGCGCACCCUCAAGACGCACAAUGAGUGUUCUUUCAGACAAGGACUCUCCAUUGAUUACCAGCAUUCUGGAGUCCUCAAAUUUCGGAGGAAAUGUCAUGCAGUCAACUGUGUUGGAUGGCCACUGUAUAUGUCCAGAUUUUGAUGUCUCUGUCAUCAAAGAUAAAGCUACUCCUCCAAGCACAGCAGACGUUAAAAAUGAUGAAAGGGACAUGGCAAUGGAAACGUUUUUAUUGGCCUUUCUCACUGCUAAGAUUGAGCAUAAGAAUCAAACACUGAGAGAGGAGGCAGAGAGGAAUAUUCUGACUGUUAUGGAGAAAGAACAGCAGUUGCGCUCGCAGGUUCAUCGCAUGAAACGACAGUAUCUUGUCCUGGAGAAGCAGAAACAGCUCAACAGUUUACUGGACUUGCAGAUUGAGGCUUUAGGUUCUGUUGCUGCCGCAGGAAACACGUUUUCAGAGGAGUAUAAGUCCUUUGCAAGAGCCAUUGAUGCCACAAGGCAUAAGCUACCCAUAAAGAAUGUUCACAUUGGAGAGAACGCCGGACAUUUCUUAGCCGAAGCAGUCGGAUGUCUGAAUCAGAGUGAGCGUGUCUUGCAGCAGUAUGCACAGGGAAUUUCCACUGAUAGUGAGGCAUCAGCAGAAUGUCUUGGAGAAAUGAAAAAUUCAGCACAUGAGAUCAGCGAACAAUUGUCAAGGACUUUUUCUGAACUUCUGGAGGUGUCUUCGUUAGUAAGCCAUGAGACGGUUUUGAUCCAGCAAUCACUGGAGGAAGACCAGAUUGGACAGGGCACGGCUCAGACUCUCUUCUGUCCCUCCAUGUCAUGAAAUGGUUUAUGAAUAUUUAUACAUGUACAGAGAAAGAAUUAAAAGUUAUUUUGAUUACA